AUAAUACCCUCACAAUGAUGGGGUACGCUUGUGUCUUCGUCAUUCUAGCUGUUUUGCAGGCAAUAUCAGCAGAGGAUCCUCCGGGAUUACCGCCAUUUUUAAAGGAUGCUCCCGAAAAAUGUAAAUCGCCACCGCGUGUAAAAAAUCCUAACGAAUGCUGUAUAUCUGAACCGUUCUUCAAAGAAGCAGAUUUUAUUGAGUGUGGCAUCGAGAAACCUGGAUCAGAAAGAGGACCGCCCGACUGCUCGAAACAAAACUGCCUUUUAAAGAAAUACAAUUUACUGAAAAAUGACGAAACUCCUGACAUUGAAGCCAUCAAAAGCUUACUGGAUAAGUACAUUGAGAAAAACCCUAGCUUCAAAUCCUCCGUGGAGAAAGCUAAGGAGUGCUUGCGAGAAGAUCUUCCUGGACCUCCACAAAUCUGCCUUGCUAAUAGAAUGACGCUCUGUAUUGGAACUGUGUUAUUAAUGGAAUGUCCAGACGAGAAGUGGAAUACAACCGACGAUUGCAAAGCUUUCAAAGAUCACAUGACGGAAUGCCAGAAAUAUUUCCCGAAGUAACGAUUUUUUAAAUACCAUUAAAUAUCGAUUUGUGAAUUUUUGUUUUUAAAUAAAUGACAGAAGAAACCUUAUCUAAUGAAGA